UUUCUUCUCUUUCCUUCGCUUCUCCCUUUGCCUCUUUCUCCUUUCCCGUCCUCCCUUCUCCUUCCCUGUAGCCCCCCUUCACCAUGCAGGUUCCUUUCCGCGCUGCUCUGCGCACCGCCUCGCGCGUGUCGCCAGCAUCGGCUCUCCGGCCCCAGGUGGCUCGGUCGGCGGCCGCCUUCCAGCCUCGCCCCUUCUCGUCCUCGGCUAGCCUCUCGGCCCUCCACGGUCAGAUCCAGGCCGUCGUUGGCCCAGUCGUCGACUGCCACUUCCCCGACGCUGACAAGCUCCCCGCUAUUCUCAACGCCAUCGACGUUGACCUGCCCGAGGGAUCGUCGCGCCUCGUUCUCGAGGUCGCUCAGCACCUGGGUGAAAACACGGUCCGAACCAUUGCCAUGGACGGUACCGAGGGUCUCGUCCGUGGACAGAAGGUCACCGACUCGGGCCUGCCCAUCCAGAUCCCCGUCGGCCCUGGCACGCUCGGCCGUAUCAUGAACGUCAUCGGUGACGGCAUCGACGAGCGCGGACCCAUCAAGGGCAAGAAAUUCGCGCCCAUCCACGCCGAGCCCCCGGAGUUCAUCGAGCAGUCGACCGAGGCCGAGGUUCUCGAGACGGGUAUCAAGGUCGUCGACCUCCUCGCCCCCUACGCCCGUGGUGGAAAGAUUGGUCUGUUCGGUGGUGCCGGUGUCGGCAAGACUGUGCUCAUUCAGGAGCUCAUCAACAACAUCGCCAAGGCCCACGGUGGUGUCUCGGUCUUCACCGGUGUCGGCGAGCGCACGCGUGAGGGAAAUGACCUGUACCACGAAAUGAUCGAGACGGGUGUCAUCAACCUCGAUGGCGAGUCCAAGGUCGCCCUCGUGUUCGGUCAGAUGAACGAGCCCCCGGGAGCCCGUGCCCGUGUCGCCCUGACUGGUCUCACCAUCGCCGAGUACUUCCGUGACGAGGAGGGACAGGACGUGCUUCUCUUCAUCGACAACAUUUUCCGCUUCACCCAGGCCGGUUCCGAGACGUCGGCUCUCCUCGGUCGUAUUCCCUCGGCUGUCGGUUACCAGCCCACGCUUUCGACUGACAUGGGUGCCAUGCAGGAGCGAAUUACCACGACCAAGAAGGGAUCCAUUACCUCGGUCCAGGCCGUCUACGUGCCCGCCGAUGACUUGACUGACCCUGCCCCCGCCACCACCUUCGCCCACCUGGACGCCACCACCUCGCUCUCGCGUGGUAUUGCCGAGCUGGGUAUCUACCCCGCCGUCGACCCCCUCGACUCCAAGUCGCGAAUGCUUGACCCCGCGAUCGUCGGCCACGAGCACUACAACGUCGCCACGGGCGUCCAGAAGCUGCUCCAGGACUACAAGUCGCUCCAGGACAUCAUUGCCAUUCUGGGUAUGGACGAGCUGAGCGAGGAGGACAAGCUCACCGUCGAGAGGGCCCGAAAGAUGCAGAGGUUCAUGAGCCAGCCUUUCGCCGUCGCCCAGGUCUUCACGGGUAUCGAGGGCCGCCUCGUCUCGCUCAAGGACACUGUCCAGGCGUGCAAGGAGAUCCUUGCCGGCCAGCACGAUUCGCUGCCCGAGGGUGCCUUCUACAUGGUUGGUGGCAUUGACGAGGCCAAGGAGAAGGCCCAGAAGAUUGCCUCGGGCAACUAAAUGUCGUUAGAUACAAAACAACCACACACACACACUCAAUUGACUUGGACGAAAUGUUAACAUAAGCAAGGAGG